AUGGAUAAUUUUCGUAAGGGUGGAGCUGAUCUUUGCAGGAAGAAGGACCCUCCGCCACCAUACUACUCUGUGGCAGCGGACCCACAGACGCCUCCUAUGACCUAUGAGGAGGUAAUUUGUCAGGACAAAUAUGGGUUCACACAGAAACCUGUGCCGUACUAUGUUCCAAAGUAUCCAGCACCAGUAAAGGUAGACGCCGUCAUCAUCACUACACAGCAUGUCGUUGUUCCUACAAAAAGGCAAAAGUCUUGUGGACGGAGUGCCAAGUGUUGGGGUGGAUGGGUAGGUGCGCUGCUGGUAUUGGCUCUCAUUGGACUGGCCAUCUGGCUUGGAGUGCGUUAUGGAUCCAAGUCGAAUUCUGGACAUUAUGAGAAUGACUGCAGGGGACAAGAUUGCAAAGAACAGGAACAUGACAGUGAUUGCAGAGGAAAAGACUGCAAGGAACAGGAAAAUGACAGCGACUGCAGAGGAAAAGACUGCAAGGAACAGGAACAGGAACAUGACAGCGAAGAAGAACACCACAGGACGCAAGAUGGCACGAGUGUACCUGACACCUGCUCCAACUCUUCCAAGCAGUGUGAUGGCAUCCAAAACUGCCAACAGGCCGCCGAUGAGGCAAACUGUGUGAGAUUUGGUGAAGGUGGAGUGUUGCAGGUCAGAACUGCUCAGGAUGGUCGAUUCCUUCCAGUGUGUUAUCAGGGAAUGGAUCAGAGUUAUGCUGACCAGAUCUGUGAACAGCUGGGCUUUAGAAGCUCAAUGAGGAAUUCUGGAAAUUGGCGUGUCUAUGCUGGGGCUAUUUCCCAGAGUGCCCUUCAGAUACCCUACCUUGUGAAGAAGAUCAUAGUGAAUGAGAACUACAACAGUAACAACAAUGAUUAUGAUGUCGCCUUGCUGAAACUCAGUAGUCCUGUUACCUUCUCCAGCACUGUGCAGCCAGUAUGCUUUCCUACAUUUGACCAAACCUUUUCUGAUGGAUCAGAGUGCUGGACAUCUGGCUUUGGGACAACACAAGAGGGAGCAGGCCGUGCCUCUACAAGCCUCAUGGAAGUGACAGUGAAUAUCAUCAACACGCGUCUGUGUAACAGCAGUCAGGUGUACCGUGGGGCCAUCACCAAUAAUAUGAUAUGUGCCGGUGAUAUGAAUGGGGGCCGGGACUCCUGUCAGGGGGACAGUGGAGGUCCGCUGGUGUGCAAGGGGGAUAAUAACCGCUGGUAUCUGGCUGGAAUUACGAGUUGGGGAGCUGGAUGUGGACAAAGACAAAGACCAGGAGUAUAUAGCAGAGUGACCAGCCUUCUGCCCUGGAUCUACAGCAAGAUGCAGCAAGAGAAGCCCUGAUGCCUCUUUUCUGUAUGAUGUGUCCAUUCCUGAGGACAACAGUGGACACAGCGAAAAAGAUGAAGGACAGAGCAAUGCACUUUGACAUGGGACAAUGUUGCAAUAUAUGUAGCCACAAUUGGACAAAGAAAAACAGACUUUAUUAAUCCCACAUUCUCAAGAAAGAAAACAAUAACACAACUCAACCUGGGAAAAGCAGAGCUGCAGGCAUUGAGGACCCGGUGGUCUACUUCUGUCGCUGUGCUUUCCUCAUUCUUUUCUUUGCAUUUUUACUGUAAGUUCAGGGCACAGCUGCUGAGUCUGAGCCUUUGUUGCCUCUUUGUAUUGGUAUACUUGGUACUUGGUAUCCUUGCACCGAUUCUACAAAAUAAUAUUGGGAAUAUUCUGAAAAUAUGUAUUUAAUAACCAAAGGGGUGUUCAUUUUGUUUGAAAAUCAGUGUCUAUGAGCUACGAUAAAAUGUGGUUGUAUUGUUUUAGCCUAUGUGAAGGGUUCGUCCUUUUCUAUUUCUGAUUCAUAAUGUUUCUUUAUAAAUCAUGCCAAAAUGGAUACAGUAAGAGCUUUAUUCUCCGAUUGCAACAAAUUAAUAUAUACGGGAGAAUGGGGCUAGCUAUGAAAAAUGCUGUAUCUCAUUAGGCUGUAACUACUAUGGCACAUUCAGAUUUCCAGUGCAACACUUCAGCUGAAAGAGUGUGAGGUAAGAUAUGUAAACAAUUUUGGCAACUAUUUUACAAUAAAAAUGUUACACAACCAAAACUAAUAUCCAGUUAUGCAAGCUACACUACUUUUGUCAAAUUUUGCCAUUUUGAAUUAAAAUAUAUAAUUUAAGUGAUUAAUGUAAUGCAAUUGAAUGUGACAUA